AUGGAUCCCAAACUUCGUGAAAUAGCAAAGUCAGGCAAUGUUCAUCUUCUGAGACUACUUCUAGAGCAAAAACCUGACAUCCUACACGAAGUAAAUAUAAUUGGGAACACAACCCUCCAUCUUGUUACUAUAGAUGGAAAAAAAAACAUUGUAGCAGAAAUAUAUAACCAAUUUCCGCCAAAUGUCAUCAUGCAAAACGCAUUUGGUGACACACCAUUGCACAUUGCUGCCAGAAAUGGAUCUCUCUCUGUAGUUGAUUAUUUGAUUGAGAAGAUCAUUUCCAACACAUCGGGUUCUCAUGAUGAAGAUAUUGAAAGUAGUAGUGGAGGAGGUGGAAGACAUGGGUUGCAUGAUGUUUUGGCCAAAGGAAAUAAAUUGAAAAACACAGCCUUGCAUGAAGCUUUGCAAUACAAGCAACAAGAUGUGGCAAAGCUGUUGAUAAAAAAAGAUCCCGAAUUGUGUUCACUUGUUAAUGAUGCCGGAGAGUCUCCUCUUUACAUGGCUGCUUCACAUGGUUUGGCAUCUAUAGUGCAUCAAAUCUUGCAAUCUUCACAGCCCCAUGCAGAUGGCGGCCCAAAUGGUUUGACAGCUUUACAUGCAGCUGCCAGAGAGGGACAUACAGGUUGUCUUGAAGAAUUAGUGAAAGAGAAGCAAGAGCUAGUGACAAUGAAGGAUGAUUGUGGGAGGACACCUCUACAUUACGCAGUAACUUAUUAUUCAAAGAAGAGGAAUUUGAAGCCUUCGGCAGUUGGACUGUUAUUGCAAGCCGAUCGAAGCAUUGGCUACCUUCAAGAUCGAGACUGUCAAACGCCACUCCAUAUUGCUGCUAGUGGGGUUCAUUUGAAAUUAGUUAAAAAACUACUUAAGUGGUGCCCCGACUCGAUCUAUCAAGUUAAUGGGAGGGGCCGAAACAUUCUUCAUAUUGUAAUGAGGGACUGCAAUGAUGAGUAUUACUCCCACAAGAUUUUCGAACAUCUCCUACAGAGAGUUGAGGUUGUGGGAAUUUUAAAUCAGCCUGAUCAAGAUGGAAACACCCCGUUGCAUCUUGCAGCCAUUACCCAUGAUCAAUAUUUUAUGGAGAUUCUCAAAAAGGAUGAGAGAGUAGACCGGUCUGUCAUUAACAAGAAGAAUAUGACAGCACAAGAAACCAUGGACGAUCGGCUAUUCAUUGAAAAUAAGAUUAUCAAGUUGAAGAAGAAAGAAGACAGACAAAGGAAUAAUAGUACAGAGAAUUCGAAUUCUCUGGAAGAUUCUGUGGAGGAAGAAAAUGAAGAGAUAGUGCUAGCCAAGGAAGAAAGAGAAAAGAGAAGAGAAGAACUUUCCCAAACACAUCUAAUAGUGGCAACUCUCAUUGCUGGAAUCUCCUCUGAUGCAGUUUUCAGAAUCCCUGGAAUUGAUGGAAGUGGUCGUACAAAACAAGGCUUGGUAGCUGCCUCUAAAGUUUAUGUUGCAUCUUUUGCCAUAGCUCUAUCAUCCUCCAUGUCUAUGCUAUACCUUCACUUCGAUGCAGUACAUAGGAGAAGAAUGGGCAGCGGCAGUGUUCCAGACUAUCAUAGUGUUACCACAUCCCUUAUGUUCAUAUCCAUUAUCGGGGUGAUGGUAGCAUGUAUGACCGGUUCUUAUAUAUCUCUGAAGGCCAUGGACUCAUUCUGGUUUGAAAUUUUCAUUAUGACACUGAUUGGUAUCAUGCCUAUUGUUGCAUCAAGCACAGUGAUUUUAGGAUAUGGUCUCGGGUUUAUACGUCGACAUAUAAGUACAAACAAAGCACUAUUGAACAUUAUAAUUGCUGUUGUUGCAAUUGCUUUGACUUUGGCGGGCCCACAGUGGCAGGCUUAA